GCUCAGGCCCCUGUGGUGAUCUCUGUUUACCGAGAGAUCCCGUUCAAGUUCGGCUCCUUCACGGCCCUUGAUCCCCUCCAGGGCGACAACCCGGCCGAACCUUCCUCGCCCUUCCCCUCCCCCACCACCUGGAGAGGUCGGGUAAGGGGGAAAGGCUCACGGUGACGUGCCCACCCCGGGCUGGCAGCUACAGCCUGAAUCUCAGGGAUGCCAAGUCCCUAGCGGAGGCACAGAGUGGGAGACCUCGUUCACAGGUGUUUCUUCACCCUCGCAGACGGCGAUGACCCCCAAGCCGACCGGACCCCCGGACGGGGGCUGGGGCUGGGUGGUCGCGGCCUCAGCUUUCGCGGUGAAUGGGCUCUCGUACGGGAUGUUGCGCUCCCUGGGCCUUGCCCUCCCUGACUUCGCCGAGCAUUUUGACCGAAGCGCUCAGGACACUGCGUGGGUCAGCGCCUUGGCCCUGGCCGUACAGCAGGCAGCCAGCCCGGUGGGCAGUGCCCUGAGCACCCGCUGGGGGGCGCGUCCAGUGGUGAUGGUUGGAGGCAUCCUCACCUUUCUCGGCUUCGUCUUCUCGGCUUUCGCCCGCAGCCUGCUGCACCUCUACCUUGGCCUGGGCCUCCUCGCUGGCUCUGGCUGGGCCCUGGUAUUCGCCCCUGCCUUGGGCACCCUCUCUUGUUAUUUUUCGCGCCGUCGAGUUCUGGCCGUGGGACUGGCACUUACCGGCAAUGGAGCUGCCUCGCUGGUCCUGGCGCCAGCCUUGCAGUUCCUCCUUGACACUUUUGGCUGGCGGGGCGCCCUGCUCCUCCUAGGCGCCAUCACUCUCCACCUCGCCCCUUGUGGGGCCCUGCUGCGACCCCUGGCACUCUCCAACGACCCUCCAGUUUCCUCUCGCGGGCCCCUCGCAGCCCUAGGCCUGGGACUCUUCACUCGCCCUACCUUUUCGGUCUUUGCUCUGGGAACGGCUCUGGUGGGGGGCGGAUAUUUUAUCCCCUACGUACACUUGGCCCCCCACGCCUUAGACAGGGGCCUGGGCGGGUAUGGGGCAGCGCUGGUGGUGGCUGUGGCUGCGGUGGGCGAUGCGGGCGCCCGCCUGGUGAGUGGGUGGCUGGCUGACCAGGGUUGGGUGCCUCUCCCGCGGCUGCUGGCAGUGUUUGCGGCUCUGACAGGCCUGGGACUGCUGGCGGUGGGGCUGGUGCCGGUGAUGGGGGGUGAGGGCUGGGGCGGGCCCCUCCUGGCUGCAGCUGCGGCUUACGGGUUGAGCGCCGGAAGUUAUGCCCCGCUGGUUUUCGGGGUGCUUCCAGGUCUGGUGGGCCUCGGAGGUGUUGUGCAAGCCACUGGGCUGGUGAUGAUGCUGAUGAGCCUCGGGGGGCUCCUGGGCCCUCCCAUGUCAGGCUUCCUAAGGGAUGAGACUGGAGACUUCACGGCUUCCUUUCUUGUGUGUGGCUCCUUCAUUCUCUCAGGGAGCUUCAUCUACAUGGGACUGCCCCGGGCAUUGCCUUCCUGUGGUCCAGCUUCCCGUCCAGCCACUCCACCCCCUGAGAUGGGGGAGUUGCUUCCCAUUCCCCAGGCUGCUCUGCUAUCCGCGAAAGGCCCACACCCUACUCGAGAUACUGCUUGUUGA